AUCGCGGACUCACAAGCGGAGCGUACAAGUCUACCAAUGCAGUGAACCAGUGGACUUGGAAAGAGGAAGCAGAGAGAGAUGACCACCAGAAGAAGGUUGGUUUUGGCAGCAGCUGUUUUGUGGGUUUUGCUGCUCUUCGGCAUCUUAUUUACUCGAUUUGGCGACGAUGGGGCUCUGCACGAGCCAAAAAUUGGCAAAAGCGAGAUCCUUGAGGAAGAGGAUUUGGAGCAAGUGACCCACAAAGUUUACUUCGAUAUCGAAAUCAACGGAAAACCCAUUGGUCGCAUAAUCAUGGGUCUCUUUGGAAAAACAGUUCCUAAAACCAUAGAGAAUUUUCGAGCACUUUGCACGGGGGAAAAAGGAACUGGAAUGAGUAGGAAGCCUCUUCACUACAAAGGAAGUGCAUUUCAUAGGAUUAUUCCCAGCUUUAUGAUACAGGGAGGCGAUUUUACUCUUGGUGAUGGACGAGGUGGAGAAUCAAUUUACGGCGAUAGCUUUGCAGAUGAAAACUUCAAACUACAGCACACUGGGCCAGGUAUUUUGUCAAUGGCAAAUGCCGGGCCAGACACGAAUGGAUCGCAAUUCUUCAUUACAACUGUCAAAACUAGCUGGUUGGAUGGGAGGCAUGUCGUAUUCGGCAAGGUGCUUUCUGGAAUGGAUGUUGUGUACAAAGUUGAAGAAGUGGGAGGACAGAAUGGGGUGCCUAAGAGUAAGGUUGUCAUUACAGACAGCGGCGAACUUCCAUUGUGACUUCUUGUACUAAUGUUCUUACAUACAAAUGAUAAGCGGAUUCUUCUUUCUUUGAAAAGUUAUUCAACAUAACAUAUGUGUCUGUUCAUGUUACACAAUACUGAUACGUGUAUUUACUAUUAUUCAAAAGGAGUCUUUGAUUCAGUUAC